AUGAUUAACUUUCCUUCCUCCCCUUCCGUCUUGCUUAUCACCGCCAUCACCAACACCCAGCAAACACAGGUCCCCCCGCAGCUCCCAACGCAGAGCGCGUUCCGGUCUCGACGGUCAUACCCUUCGCUGCAUCAUGUCUCUCUCGCUCCAUUGAAUCCUCGGUUUCUCACCGACGACGAUGAAGAGGCCUCGGACUACUUCAACCAUCCCCACCAAGGGGGUCACCACGAUAGCCCGGACCCGCCCACCGCAAGGUCUUAUCUGGCUAGCUUCUCCGUGCCUGGCACUCCGGGGGUGCUUUCGCACUCGCAUUCCCGCAGCGGGUCCCGUGCGCGACACCAUUCUCGGAGCAAGAGUUCCAGUCGCCUCCACCACGCCAGCGACCCCAAUCUGCAAGCCCAGAGUGCCAGCAACCCCCUCCACCAUGACCAACAACUGCACGGCCAAACCCACCGUGCCACCCGCAGCACCAAUCGUCCCCGUCACCCGCCGCAGCACCAUCAGGACACAGAAUGGAUGCUCCGCGCCGGCAUCGCCCUCGCCUCGUCGACUCGCGAGGAAAAAGGCCAGAGCUGGCUCGUGAAGCGACAGAGCUCGACGAGCCUGGUCUCCGACGAGCAGCACCUCAGCCUGGACUUCCUCAACCAGCAUGACCACCAUAACCCAUGGUCCGCUGGAGGCAGUAGUCCCCGACAUGGCCGUUCCGGACGGUCCACACCAGCCGCGGCGUACUCGCGAUCCAGACGGGCCUCACGAUCCCGCCCAAGCAGCCGGAUGGCCAGCAGAGCAGACCUCGCCAUGACUAGCAUCGGCAUGACGCCCACCACGACUUCGACCGCGACCUCCUCCCGCCGCGAGAGCAGGACAGUCGAGCCUCUCGCCAGCACCAGCACCAGCACCCAAAAGGUCGAACAGCAACAGCAACAGGACAAACACCGGCACCUGGUCCCCGACUUUGUCGACGAGCGCAUCCGUGCCGAGAUGGCCUCCCUCCAGCGCGACGAACUCGACGAGGACGAGGAGGACGAUGACUUCGCCUCCUUCGCCUCCGACUACCCGUACGCCGACUCGGACUCCGAGUCCGACGAGCUCGACGAGCAAGAACUGCAACGUCUCACACGGGAACGCGGCUUCGGACUAGGCAGCUGGAUCGACCGCAUGGUCGAAUGGACCCUCUUCGGCGUCGAAGACUGGCCACUUCCCUUUGGCGGCAGCAGCAACAGCAGUGACCUCGAACCCCGAACCGUGACCAUCUCCGACCACCACUCCCAACGAUCCGCUGACACCGUCAAGAACAACGCCAAGGAUGACAACGAAGAAGACGACACCGCAUCACCCGAUGCAGCAGCCGCAGCCGCAGCCGCAGAAGACACAGACACAAUCUCCAUCGCUGAGUCGGAAACCCUCUCCGUAUUAGACAAACCAGGCGACCAAGGCGGCUGGGGAGAUGCAGGCUGGCUGUUCCGCGCUGUGAGACAUGCACUAUCCUGA